GUUGGCAGCUGGAGGCACAGGGGCUUCGCUCUCACUGGCAGUUCGGCUCGGGAAAUAUGAACAGUGUUGAUCAAAUCUCCGGCACGGUAGCGUAAAAUCAAACCCUAAAAAAAAAAAAACUAAUCAUGGAGCUCAGGACUGAGAUCUGUGUUGCCGUCCUCAUCUUCCAGGUCAUUCUGGUAAUUAAAGCACAGGACACUGAAUGCAUACCAGGAUUUCAGGUGAAAACCUAUCAAUUAGAAUAUGACUUGGGAUUCAGGAAGGAAGAAGGACUACUGAAAGUGAAAUUUGAUGACUGCCAUGGAAAUGAGAAAGUGAAAUUUGAUGUUUCGCAUCCUGACUUUAAAGUUGAUGAAGAUGGCUCUCUUGUCCCAGUCAGGGAUGUCAUAGACAGUGGAAGAAUUCUUUUCAUUCAUGGACGUUCGGCACAUGCGGAUGAUAUGGCAGAAGUACAAAUUCUUGGAGCUCCUGAGAGGAGGCCUCAAACACUAAAGGAGAUUCUUGGUUUGGGACAAAGUGCUGCCUUCAUGAGAAAGAAAAGGUCUCUUGUUGCUCCUUUAAUGUAUGUUCCAGAGAAUCAAAGACCGCCUUUCCCCAAAAAUAUUGGCAAGGUAAUAUCAAGUGAUCAUAUGGACAAUACAUUAUUUCGACUCUCUGGAAAAGGUGCAGAUCAGGAUCCUAAAGGUGUCUUCACCAUCAACAAAAACACAGGAGAAGUGUUGGUCACUCGCACCCUGGACCGUGAAAUAAUUGAUUUUUAUAAUAUGCAAGUGGAGACAACGGAUGUCAGUGGCAAAACAUUAGAAGGGCCUGUUACUCUAGAGGUGGCAGUUAUUGAUCAGAAUGACAACAGACCAAUUUUUAAGGAUGGUCCUUACAUUGGACAGGUUCUGGAAGGCUCCCCAACAGGAACAACUGUGAUGCGCAUGACAGCUCACGAUGCUGAUGAUUCAAACACUGACAAUGCAGCUCUUCGAUACAACAUUGUGAAGCAGACCCCUGACAAGCCUUCACCAAAUAUGUUCUAUAUUGAUCCUGAAAAGGGAGAUAUUGUUACAGUAGUAUCACCUUCAUUACUCGACAGGGAGACCAUGCCCAGUCACCAGUACGAGCUUGAAAUUGUUGCCAAAGACAUGGCAGGGAGCGAUGUUGGAUUAACUGGUACAUCUACAGCUACUAUCACGAUUGCAGACAAAAAUGACCAGCCUCCAGAAUUCACUAAACCAUUGUUUCAGGCCACAGUGGAUGAAGGCUCAACGGGCGUCAUAGUCAACCUAACUGUCGAGGACAAGGAUGACCCUGUUACUGGAGCUUGGAGAGCUGUUUAUUCAAUUAUCAAUGGAAACCCUGGCCAGAGUUUUGAAAUUCACACCAAUGCCAAUAACAAUGAGGGCAUGCUGUCAGUUGUCAAGCCACUGGAUUAUGAGAUUUCAGCUUUCCACACACUGUUGAUUAAAGUGGAAAAUGAGGAUCCCUUGAUUCCUGAUGUUGCCUAUGGCCCCAGUUCCACAGCCACAGUACAGGUCACGGUCCUGGAUGUCAAUGAAGGCCCAAUUUUCUACCCUAACCCAAUGAGAGUGACAAAGCGAGAGAACAUUCCUAUUGGGAGCAGUGUUGCAACACUGAAUGCCACAGACCCUGAUUCACUUCAGCAUCAGACUAUCAAGUUUGCAAUGCUUAAGGAUCCAGCAGGCUGGCUCAGCGUUCACCCUGUAAAAGGAACAGUAAACACCACAGCAAUUCUGGACCGUGAAUCCCCCUUUGUUCUUGACAAUACUUACAGUGCUGUUUUCAUUGCAACAGACAAUGGUAAUCCCAUUGCAACUGGUACUGGAACACUGGUCAUCAAUCUGGAAGAUGAGAAUGACAAUGCGCCAUACGUCCAUCCUACAACAGCAAAGGUCUGCGAGGACUCAAAAGACCUUAAUGUUGUAAUUUUAGAAGGCAAAGACAAAGACAUCAGCCCCAACACAGAUCCAUUCAAAAUUGAGCUAGGCAAGCAAGUCGGAAUUGAAAAGACAUGGAAAAUCACCAGAGUUAAUAAUACCCACGCACAAGUCAGCCUUCUUCACAACCUGCAACGAGCCAACUACAACUUGCCAGUCAUUGUGACAGACGCAGGCACACCUCCCUUGACCAACAGCACAGAAGUUAAAGUACAAGUGUGCACUUGCAAAAAGAACAAAAUGGAUUGCAACGGUGCCAACACUUUGCACAUCAGCGUGGCCCUUCUCCUCAGCAUUUCAUUCAUCACUUUGUUUUGUCUGUAAGUCUUGGUGAAGUCUGAAUCAGAUCUCCUGUGUUCCUCCUGCAGCACAGAAGAAAAACAACACACAAUACAAAAAAUAAUAUAUAAAUUAUUAAAAUCAACGUCCGCAGAUUGCAGUUCAUUGGAUCUCCAAAUGCUCUACAAAAAUAAACCUGUUCUUUUGCUCCAAGCUCAGUUUAUUUGGCUUAACAAGUGCAUAUCAAUAUAACUGGCAUACAGUUCAUGUGUAUUGACCCUAACUGCCUUUUCUCUGGAACAAAAGGAUGUCUGUAUACCAUUUUUUUGUUUGUUUAUUUUUUGAUCAUUUCAAAAACUGAAAAAAAUCACAAAUCUGAGCAUCUGGAAGCAGGACAGCAAAAGACUUUCCUGAUGUAUUUUGCAAUUCUGUUACAUAGUACUGUAUAAAUGCAUUUAGCUUCAAUCAGGGGAGGGGGUCAAACAUUAAAGGAAUGCUGUGUGUUUAUAGUGACGGUGAAAGUAUAAAUUUGGAACUUAAGUCUAAUUUUUGACUUGAAAAUUGAAAAUGCAUUAGUUAUUAAGUCAACGAGCAUACUUACUGUAUAUUAAACCUAUAUAUAGUGUAUAUGAAUAUAUACUGUACUCAUAUACACAUAUAUAGUUUAAGUAGUGCCAUUAUUGUAUUUAAAAUAUAUAUUCAUAAAUAUGUAUUUGCCCUUACCCGGUGCUUUCUUACAACAGAAAGCUUUUGAAAACACACAUUCAGAGUCUAUAAAGUGCUUAACUUUCAAGAUUUAUUUUCUCCCCAUCUUUUCUGGAAAUUUGAAUUUUGAAAGCUGAGAUUUUCAUGGAGUUAGUCUAGGACUUAAUAUAGUAAAGGUUUGGAAAACAGUAUUAUGAUUUGCUUUGAAGACUGUUAAGUGCCAAGUCCAGUAUAAUCUUUAUCUCUUGCUGUUCCCUGUCUGUGUGGCCAUAAUGGUUACAAAUGAAGAGAUGUGCAUUAGCUUAAUUUAAGGUAAAUGGGACUGACCUGUCAAAGUACUUAUGCGAAAGGCACCAGGUAUGAUAAACUGAAUUAUGUUUCUCAAUUGCACUAAUUUAUUAAAGCCCUCACCCUAAUUCCCAUCAGUCAGUGUAUGAAAUUAUGCACCAUAUUCAGUUAAUUCAACAUCAAACUGAACCUUGUACUUAGAACGAAUCUAAAUCAGUUAGUGAUUGGAAUGUAAGCAUCUUUUUAAGUUUUUUGUAUGUUCCAGCUUGUUUGGGCUUUAUGAAACAAUGAAAAUAAUUAACCUUUAGUUUGCCUAAAGUUGUUCUGGUUGCACAGAUAAGGAAAAAAAUGUGGAGGCAAACAACUUUAGGGAUACUGCACAUCAUAGGAGCAUUUUAUCGGAAAGGAUUCUAAUUCAAAACAGAAACAAAUCCAAAAUUUCUUUAUUGGGGGUUAGGUGAGGAUUUUUUUUUCUUUUUUAGAUGUUAGAAAAAAAUUUCCCCCUGAAUUUGUAGACAAACGGUCAUUUUACCCUUCACUCUAGCUUUUAUUUACUGUAUGGUUGAUAUCAAUUUUUGUGAACUGCUGUAGAAACUUUGUUCUUUGCAUUGUUGUAGCUGUGUGAGUAAGAAUGGCGCACAUACAAACAUUGAUGCACUGAAUUCCUACCCACGUUUGGUCACUGACCUUUGACCUCUAGCUGAUGAUCAUUUUCUCUCCCUUUUUUGUAAUGAAAAUGAAUAGAAACAUAAAGCAGCACUCUUCUCUGUUAUGGGUGACACUUAAUAAAUCUAUUAAUUUCCUUAUAGUCAAAAAAAUGAAAGCUGCAUUGGCAGCUGCAGCAACUGCACAGAGCUCUGUUGUAACCACGGAUAUGUCACAGCUCACAGUCGUGUUUAUGAGAAAAUUGUUUGGUCAAGAUAAUAUAUUUGAGCAUCUAUGACUAUUUAAAUAUUUUAUUUAAAGAAAUGAUUUCCCUUUAUCUGACUCUGUCUUUUCUGUAACUGACUUUUGAGCCAUAAUACUAUCGAUUGGUACGUUUUGCAGACAUGCGUGUGCUCACUGUGACUGGCCUCACUUCUCACUGUUCCACGUAAUCGUCAAUGUUUAUUGGUUCAUGCCAUAUUCUGUUGUAUGAAUGACGCUUUACAGCCUUUGAACAGGUAGGGGUAAAGGAACCUUUGUAACAAUGUGAUUAAAGUGUUCACCCCCGUUUCAUUCUUUGACAUUUUAAAAUGAAUUGGCUUUGUUCAAAGCAUUUGCUUGGCCCUGGCAAAUUAAUCAGUGCUUUUGAAUGAAAUAAAUCCAUGUUUUAGACUUUU